CAUGGCACCACCCAGAUCUCCGCCGUUCUCCACCACCACCGCUAUCAUCCUCCUACUCUUUCUCACCAUUUUCCCUUUCCCCACCCUCCAACAACAAUCCGAUCUGGACUCCGACUGCACCAAUCGCUGGAUCCACAUCCGCCACCUCCCACCACGCUUCAAUCUCGAUAUCCUCACCAAUUGCUCCACCACCCACCACCCUUUCUCUGACGACUUCUGUCCUUUCAUCUCUAAUCAUGGUCUCGGCACCAAAACCCACAAUCGAUCCCACUCAUGGUUCCGCACCGAUCCUUCCCUUCUCGAACUCUUCUUCCACCGCCGUAUGCUCGAAUACCCUUGUCUCACCUCCGAUCCCUCCACCGCCGACGCCAUCUAUCUACCUUACUACGCCUCCCUUGACUCCCUUCACUACCUCUUUGGCCCCGACUACAACUCCUCCUCCCAACACGGCCUCCAUCUCUACAAAUUCCUCCGCUACCAAGAUUCGCCGGAGAUCUGGCUCAACCACCAAGGCCACGACCAUUUCCUGGUACUCGCCGGCAGCGCAUGGGAUGUCAGCCAGCCAUUGGAUAAUGAUCCGCCGUUAUGGGGGACUUCGUUUCUGGAAUUGCCGGAGUUUUUCAACAUCACCGCAUUAACAUUGGAAUCCAGAGCUUACCCUUGGCAAGAACAAUCAAUCCCUUAUCUCACAUCAUUCCAUCCACCAAAUCUAGCACUCUUAGAUUCAUGGAUCAAAAGGGUUCGUAGAUCAAGAAGAUCAACCCUGAUGUUAUUUGCCGGCGGCGGUGGGAUUUCUUCCACACCCACCGUGCGACGGAGCAUCAGAUUGGAAUGCGACAACAAUUCCAAAAUCGAAAACACAACUCAGAAAAGCAACCGAUAUUCCAGACUAUGCGAGUUUGUCGAUUGCUCAAGCGGGAUCUGUGAACAUGAUCCAAUCAAAUUCAUGAAACCAAUGUUACACGCUAGUUUCUGCCUGCAACCUCCCGGAGACACCCCAACACGGCGGUCAACAUUCGACAGCAUUCUGGCAGGCUGCAUACCAGUGUUCUUCGAAGAAUUGUCAGCCAAAAAGCAAUACGGAUGGCAUCUACCGGAAGAUCAAUACAAGGAAUUCUCGGUGCUGAUUCCUAAGGAGGAUGUGGUGUUCAAAGGUGUGAGUGUGUUGGAGAUUUUGAAAGGUAUUCCAAGAAGUGUAACAGGAAGAAUGAGGGAUAAAUUGAUUGAGAUGAUUCCCAGAAUUAUGUACAGAAAACAUGGGAGUUCAUUGGGUUUGAGGACCAAGAAAGAUGCAUUUGAUAUCGCCAUUGAAGGUACACUUCAAAGGAUUAAAGCCAGACUUGACGAUGUUGCUGAUCAGUGAUAGAGUUCAUAGAUUUUUGUUAUUAAUUAAAUGUGGGGAUAAUUUAUUUUCGUCCUAUCGAUAUUACUACAGUUUAUAGAAAAGAUUUCAUCAAAUCAUCGCCAAAACUCUAAUGUUUACUCGGGUCAGCUCAGCUGGUAAAUAAAAGUUAGACCUUGAGCUGGUGCCGAUACCAACAGUAAAAAAA